UCCAAGAAAGGAAAUCCUGUAUUUACAUACACAGAUUUAGUCAUGUCAUCGGUUAGAUUACUCUGUUUACAGAAAAAGCCCCAACCAGUUUCACUUUGUAAAUUUGAAUAAACAUCUCACAAAAGAUGGCAGUUCUCCAGGCAUUGGCCAGCUGAGAUCACCUGAUGUGGACAGUGAACUGGCAGCUCUCUGUGGCUGGCACUGCAGGUGAUCUCUUCAUUUCCUCACUUCCUCCACACACAUCACACACUGCUCCUGAUUGACUUAGUUGUAGAGUUAAAGUUAGCAAUGAUGUCACUGGUGCUCAGCCCAGUCAGCUGCUGAUAUUGGCAACCUAUUGAUAAGGGCACAGUUGAAGGUGAAUGUAUGGUAGGCAGGCAGUGAAUGGGCCAAUACACACAGGAUGGAGAGUGGAACUUUAAGAUGUUUAUGCUGAGUUUAUGGAAAAGUCGUAGGAAGGACAAAGACUCCCCUACACCAGUCCAGGAGGAGCCAAGGCAAUAUCUAGAAGACACACUAGUAGCGGAGUCCAUUGCUGCCAAAGUAGACUUUGAAAAAUUGGUCCGAAUCCCUGUAAAUAUAGACCGAAAUGAAUGGCUGGCUACAAACACAAUAUCAUUCUUUGAACAUAUCAAUCUCAUGUAUGGUACAAUAUCUGAGUACUGUACACCGGCUGGGUGCAACUCCAUGACAGGUCCUGGUGGCACGCAAUAUUUGUGGUUUGAUGAGAAAGGGAAGAAGUGCAAAUGUGCUGCUCCACAGUAUGUGGACUUUGUGAUGACAUUUAUACAGAAAACAAUCAGUGAAGAAUCGGUCUUCCCCACAAAAUAUGGCAAUCCGUUUCCCUCAUCAUUUGAAGUACUGGUGAAGAAGAUACACAGAUACUUGUUCCAUGUCUUGGCGCAUAUAUAUCAUGCACAUUAUAAAGAAAUGGUGACGUUUGGAAUACAUGGACAUCUGAAUACAGUGUUCAAACACUUCAUGACUAUGAAUAAAGAAUUCAAACUUAUUGAUGAGAAAGAGACCGAUAUUUUAGACAGUUUGUGUCGAUCACUGGAAGUAACAGAGAAAUUAGCUGACAGAGACCAGACAGAAGACAAGGAAAAUAUCCAAGGUGCUACUGCCGCAACUGCUGUAUCUUAGUAAUCGCACAUGUGAAGUUGCCAUGUAUCUAUCUGUAUCUUCAGGAUGUGUCCUAAUGCAGCAGCCACUGCAGUUAUGUCAUUGCAGGAACACAGAGCAGCAGCUUAUGUUUUUGGUCUGACCAGGCUUGGCAAAAGCAUUGAUUUUGCUUUGAGAAGACUAAAUGUAGUAAAACUGCAUCUAUUUUGUUGUGAUCAGAAUGCUGUGUCACAAUGGCUGGAAUAGCUGCUGUAGCAUACAUACUGUGGUAAUAACUGCAUUUGUUAUCAUGGCUGCGUAAGGUGCUGCAUUGAAACCGGUCUUUUAUUGUUUUGUGUUAUCUUGUUAUAUGAUACAUAUUGAAUGAUGAUAGCUCUUGAUAGCUGUAUUGUGAGCAAAUCGCCCAAAUAAUGUUAUUGCACUUAUGUAAAUGUUUAUAGGGAACUGCCUCUGAAGUUUCUAUCUGACAUAUAAAUGUUGUAUUGUUGGUAUAUCCAGAUAACAUCCAACAUGCAGUGACAUAGUCAUGUCUUCAGUAUGCAUCUAUAUUAAAGGGUUUGUAUGUAUACAAUCCAAAAGAGAUAUCCAUAUUUAUUGUGCUUUGCCCAAAACACUUAACACUCUAGUUAGGGAAAUCUUGUUAUUAAAUGCAGCAUUUCGUUUUGUUGUUGGGAAGUAGAUCAGACUCUUUUGCUUGAUUGUUAUCUGCACUUUUAAAUUAAGAUUAUGAUUACCGUAGUAUGUUUCUGGUGAAGGUUUGCCAAAGCUCUCAUAAAUGUCUGAUUAUUUUUUUUCCGAAAUAUCACGGCCCUUAAAAUACUGCCUCCAAGCUACUUCUAUUCCUUGUUGAUCUUAAAAUGGCAUACUAAUUAAAACCCAGUUAUACUAGUUCCCAUUGGCUUUAAUUCUAGCAACUGGCUUUCUUGUAUAAGUUGUGAAACAUUGGUUCAUGCUGUUGUUUGUUCACUAAGCUACAAACCAAAGCUUUGAAAGUGCUGCUUUUAUUUGUGCAACAGAAACCAAAUGCACUAAAAUAAAUCCAAAAUGAGAGGCCAAAGAUAAGGAGUCACGAACUUGCUAGUAUUUUAUUGGCUAUGUUGUACCAAUUUAAUGGUGUAUUUGUACAAACAGUACACAGGUGAAGUCAUAGUAUCCAAGUUUUCUGCAUACAAACCCAGGUUUAGGUUGUGAUGGUUUUCAUAUAUACUAGGGUAUUAUGUACUACCCGGGAAAGGGGGGGGGUGAAUUUUGUUCAGCUAGUUGUAAUGAUAUUGGAGCUAAUAUAUUCU